CCGUUGACUCUUGGUUUACGGGGCUCCCAUAAGGCAACCGGACACUGAGCCACCCAGCCACUCUCCAGGCAGCGCGCCGGCUCGCUCAUCACGUGUUCCUAUGUUGCCCUCAGGAUGACGUCAUCCAACGCGACAGCUACUGUAGCCAUGCUGCCACUGUCUCGCUUUGUGAAACGCUACGGAUGCAAGCCUGUUGCUGAGUGAGAGAAGUGUAAACGAGUUCAGAAACAAUCCCAUCGCUAAGAGGCAGACGGCAAGUGCUGUGGAUUUUGGGGAUGCACUUUAUGGAUGUAGAAAAAGCAAAAGCUGCUGUUUACUGGAGCAUGUCAAUGGAUGUGAAACGGGACACCUGUGAUAUGGACGCAAAUAUCAUGGAGAAAACUGUAACUAUUAAGGAGAAGGACUGUGAGUGGGAGUCCAUCUACCUUAAACAGGAAAGUCUGAACAUCAAGGAGGAGGACAGUGAACUGCAGCCAGUGGCCAUUAAAGAUGAACCUGAAGAGAAGUCUGUCAGUAUUGAGACACAUAACCAUACAAAUAUGGACAUUGUAAAAGAAGACAACCUUCAAGAUGGAGUGGUGACCAGGUUAGACUCUUCUCAUAGCAAACACUGUUCAUCUCCAGAGCCUUCUAUCAAUGUGAAGUCUGAAUCAUUAGAGUCUGAACCAAAGAGGGCUGUGGAAACUACAUCUGUUAGAGCUCAGAAAAAUAAGCGACCACCUUCAAAGAAGUCUGGAAAAAGAAAGAAAGAUCACUGCAGUGUGGAAUGUGGCAGAGAAUUCUCUAACAGGACUGCUCUUCAGCAACACACAAGAGUUCACACCGGAGAGAAGCUGUAUUGCUGUAAUGAAUGUGGUAAACAGUUUUCACGUAUAAGAAGUCUUCACAGACACAGAAGAGUUCACACCGGAGAAAAGCCAUAUUGCUGUAAUCAAUGUGGUAAACAGUUUUCACGAAGAAGAGCUCUUCAGAGACACAGAAGAGUUCACACUGGAGAAAAGCCAUAUUGCUGUAAUGAAUGUGGCAAACAGUUUUCAGAUAUGGGCAGUCUACAGCAACACAGAAGAGUUCACAGCGGAGAGAAGCCAUAUUGUUGUAAUGAAUGUGGCAAACAGUUUUCAGAGACGGGCAGUCUUCAGAAGCACACAAGAGUGCACACUGGAGAAAAGCCAUAUUGCUGUAAUCAAUGUGGAAAACAGUUUUCAGAGAUAGGCAGUCUACACAAACACACAAGAGUUCACACCAGAGAGAAGCAAUAUUGCUGUAAUGAAUGUGGCAAACAGUUUUCAGAGAUGGGCAGUCUACAUCAACACAGAAGAGUUCAUACUGGAGAGAAGCCAUAUUGUUGUAAUGAAUGUGGUAAACAGUUUUCACAAAUAGGCCAUCUACAGAAACAACCACAUUUAUUUAUAUAG